UGUGGCAAACUCAGCCUAUCGAGCAUUCUCCUAUCUCUCCCUCUCUCUCUCUCUCUCUGUAGCGGAAACGGCUUGAAAGAUGGCUCCAAGAGACAGGUCUAACAGCGCUAGCAGCAGCCCCACCCCUAACUCCACCGUCAAGGAGAUCCGUUACAGAGGCGUUAGGAAGCGGCCGUGGGGUCGUUACGCCGCCGAGAUCCGUGACCCCGGCAAGAAAACCCGGGUCUGGCUCGGCACUUUCGACACUGCUGAAGAGGCCGCGCGUGCUUACGAUGCUGCUGCUCGUGAGUUCCGCGGCUCCAAAGCCAAGACUAAUUUUCCUUCAGUUUUCGAGCUUAACAACGCUGCCGCCUCCUCCGCCGCUCCUAUUGUGACCGUCGCACGCAGCCCAAGCCAGAGCAGUACCGUAGAGUCCUCUCCUUCACCUCCACGAGCUGCUUCUCCCCCACCGCCUCUGGAUCUUACUCUCAACGUUCCCAGCCAUCACUGCCACAGCCAUUUCCCCAACGGUGUUAGCUUCCCUGGGAGCGCAUGGAUUUCACUCGCGGCGGUUGGUAGCCCAGUUUUCUUUUUCGAUGCCCUUGCUCACGGGGAGAAUAAAAAUCAUACUAACGCUAACACGUGCAGAUUUGAUCGGACGGCGGGGAUGAUGAACGGUGGGGUUCAGAGUGAUUCAGAUUCUUCAUCUGUUGUUGAUUAUGAUCAUGAUCGUAGCCCUUGUAAGAAGGGAUUAUCACUUGAUCUGGAUCUUAACCUCCCCCCCGCAGAAGUUGCCUGAUUAUGAGAUCUGGUUUUUGGGAAUUUGUUUUGGGCUUCGGCGUUGGUCCCCCCUUUUUUGUUGUCUUUAAGCUCAAUUUCCAGUCGAGACCGGAGGAAAACUGACGUAUCUUUUUUAUUAUGUAUGUAAGGAGAGAUAACCCAAGCAAAAGCUUGUGUUUUUUUAGCAACUGAGAAAUCAUGAUUUUCUCGAAUGUUGUUUCUACUGUUUUUAUUGUUAGUGUUAAAUUCAUUAAUACAUAAAUUUUCAUCUUUAAAUCAACUUUUAACAAUUUCCUUUACCAUUUUCCAUUUUAUCGAGUUUUUCAAACUUUGAUUUGUUCACGGUAUAUCUGCUUGGUUGCCGAGGGAAGGCAAUGCAAAAAGUCAACCGGGGUCCUGAAUCCCUGGUGAGUUGUGUUUAUCAGACUACAAUAGAAGCAAGAAUAAUCAGAAGAUAUUCAUUUUUUGCAAUUUUCUCAGUAACCAAACGGAAUUCAUGGUGGUUCCAAAAUUCCAAAUUUGUUUUCCCUUGGUUGGAUUUUGGCUGCGUAUCUUAUUUGUAUAUGUAGCGUACAAGUGUCGAACAGACAUGUCGCCGGCAUUGUGGGCAGU